AUGGAGACGCAAUCAUCACGACCCAAGAAGACAGACAUCGUCCGAAAACGGACCGGAUGCCAAAACUGCAAAACAAGACGACGCAAGUGUGACGAGACGCGCCCCGAGUGCUCCGCCUGCGUCCGUCGCGGCAUCAAGUGCAGCGGCUAUGAUCGCACCGUCGCCUUCAAAGACGUGACCGCCUUGGCCGCAGAGUCGUCACGAAAAUUCGAGGCCGCUCGGUGGUCGGCGCUGCGACAUGAGGAUGCGCGGAGAAAGCGUCGCAUGACGGCCACGGAGACGGCGUCGUCCGAAGUUGCUCGCCCAGACAUCAUCAUCGGAGCGGCGCUCAGCGCUCAGGCCCCGUCUGUUCCGGCGCCGGCACCGUCUACCAACUUCAUGUCGACUGAAACCUGGUCUGGAGGCGCGUUCGCGCUGCCCUGGGGUCUCUUCGAUAUUCCCAACAAUGCGCCGUCGCAGGUGUUCCCUGAGGUCGCUCCUGUGCUGGGUACCGUCAUCGAAAGUCUUUCGACUCCGCUGCCUGGACGUGCCUCCGACGAUACUACCUCGCCGCGGCAAAGUUCACCAGAGGCUUUAACACCUGCCAACUGGGACGAGUUCCUCGUGUCUCACGACUCGCCACUCGACACAUCAUCUGCCGAGGAAUCCCUUCUGGGUGAACCUACCACCGACCUCCAGAUCUCGCUACCCCUCGAAGAGUCACUUGUACAGCAUUUCGACACAAACGUCAUUCCCGCCAUCCCCGUCGCGCUAGCCUUCUCGAACCUGUUCCAAUCGAGCAGCUGUUUCCGAGCGGCAGUCCUGGCGUUGUCAGCGAGCCAUCUGAAACUGGCAGAGCGGUUGCCGAUGGACUUUCAGAGCCUACGGCGGAUAUGUGACGACAAAUGCGUCUGGGUCUACUAUGACACAGCGGUGAAGGACCUUCAGCUGCAAAUACAGCGCUCCAACAAGAGCAGCGAAGAGCUGGCCGGCGCAGCCCUCCUUCUCGCGUACCACGAAUUGGAGGCAGGCACGGCUUUUGGCCUCAGGAACCACGCCAGCGGUCUCGACGCCAUCGCUUCGAAGAUGGACUUUGCCGCUUCGUCAAUGCCGAACCUCUUCAAAGCAUGGCGGAUGCUCCGCUACGACAUUAGAUACACGUAUACACCGACCCGUAAGUCAAGCAACCCCGUCGACAAUUAUGACAGCGCAAGCUUCCUCGACCCUCAGCUGGCGAUCCGAGAUGUCAUGUCCAGAGUCUUCAGCCUUUACUCGAGAAACGCUAUGGAGGCCAGCUUCCUCAAUGACAACACCGUUGAGGGAUCAAGCGCGUCUGAGAGGGCAGCCAGAUGGCUUUGCUCCGUGCUCAACAGAAAGUCCGACCACCGCAACUUUCAGAGGGGCGACUUUUACAAGGAGGAUCUGACGUCGGAAAAAGUACUGGAACAAUGCGAUACCUUCUCAAAGCACCUCGACUCGUGGCACAAAGGCCUGCGCGACUGCGACCUACCUAUUGUCCGAGUCGGCGCCGAUGGGGACACGAUUACCGGUCCCACCUUCGAGCCCGUCAUCACGUACCGAUUUUCCGACAACACGAAGGCCAUGGACUACUUGCUGUACCUGAUAUCUCGGAUGAGCAUCAGCAACCUCCGCUCUGUCUACGAUCCCUCUGUCUCAGCAGCUGCGACGGAGGCGUGGGGCAAAGUAGCCCUCGGCAUCAUCUGCGGUAUGAACGUGCUCCAGAAGCAGCAGUUCACGGUCCUUCGUAUCGACGUUCUCGUCCGCUGGGUGGCACUCCUGGUCGAGAGCACAAAUUUUGCCAGAACGAUCCUCGAUUACUUGAUUCCAAAGGUCCUGUCCAACGGGCUGACGGCCCCGGAGAUGGUCUCGUGGGUGUACACGAAGGCAAGAAUGGAGUACUGGCUAAGGGAGAAGCUGCGUGGGCGGGCUAUGAGGUUCUUCAUGACGGGGGUUGAAGAGGACUCUGAUCCUUGGUGCAUCCUCACCCCGCAUACGAUGGCGGGCUUUGGCGACUACAACGGAAAAGGGAGCUUCAGGGAAACGUUUGUCAUGGAUUGCUUUGCUUCCGUUGAUAAGAGGUGA